CUAUAUUUCUUGCUCAGCAGCUUACCCCCAACAUUUUCAACUAGGGCAACACCUUUUACUAUAAAUGAAUAACAUCUAUUACCUAUGUUGUAAAGGUAGGGGCAACAUUUUUUGAGUCACCUUCUAGCUAGCUCCAUACUAUUCCCUUGCAUGCUCCUUUCCUGUUCCUGCUAAACCAUGACCAUUUUUUUCAGCCCAAUUAUUUCAACACACAUUUCCCUGUGAGGAAAAAAAAGGAGUGGGAGGGAUCUACAAAAGAAUCUACUUUAGUACUCCUCUUCUUCUGGUUUCACUAUAUAUCCAGUUCUGUCGCUAAAACUUUCCAUUCUGUUCUCUUUAACCCUUCUCUUAUUUGUCCUUCAAGCUUGUUUAUACGAAAAUGUGGAUGAUGGGUUAUAAUGAUGGUGGUGAAUUCAACAUAUCAGAUUCUUUCAAUGGCAGGAAGCUUAGGCCACUAGUUCCAAGGCCAAUACCCUCUACAAACAACACUCCAACUGCCUCUAGUCCUCCUUGCCUUGGCAGUCGCCUUCAUAACACCGAUUUCUUUGCACUCAAUCAGUACCAUCUGGCAAGUAUGGCUGAUGAAAACAAAAGAGAAUUCAACACACAGCCAGUUGUAAUGAGCUCAAGAUGGAAUCCAACACCGGAGCAGUUAAGGACCCUUGAAGAUUUGUAUCGAAGAGGGACUAGAACACCCUCAACUGACCAAAUUCAAGACAUAACCGCACAGCUUCGUAGAUAUGGAAGGAUUGAAGGAAAGAAUGUGUUUUACUGGUUUCAAAACCACAAGGCAAGAGAAAGGCAAAAGCGUCGACGUCAAAUGGAAUCUGAUUCUUUUGAUGGUCAUCAGCAAAAUGGACAUGGUAUUGAAAUCUUUGAAAGGAAAGAAUCAGAGGCAAGUAGGACAGGUUAUGAAGGUGAACAAACCAAGAACUGGGCUCCCUCUACAAACUGCAGUACACUAUCAGAGGAAUCUGUUUCAAUAUCAAGGGCAACAAAAGGAGCAAUGGCAGAGUACUGUAGACCAGAUGGAUGGAUGCAACUCGAUGAAGGAGAAUUACAGCAUAGAAGGAACUUUAUAGAAAGGAAUGCCACGUGGGAGAUGAUGCAGUUGUCUUGUCCAUCUCCCACCCACCAAAGAAACACUAUCUCUAGUACUAGUAGCACUACAACUAUGUCAAAACAAGGAGCAGCAGCAGCGAAGCUCAUUAAGGCUCAUGACCUCAACGUCUUUAUAGCACCUUACAGAGAAAAUGGGCAUCAUGGAACCCUUAUUAACCAGUUCAAUAGCAGUGUCAUCAAUGACGGGAAUGAAUCCAGAGGUGGUACUGGGGAAUCUCAAACCCUUCAACUGUUUCCUCUUCGUAGUGGCGGUGACGGCAACAAUAAUAUCGAAAGCAUUAACGAGAGAGAGAGUGAGGUAUCAGUUUCUGCUGCUGAAGCUUUGAAUGCUAAUAACUUCGCUCCUUGCCAGUUCUUUGAGUUCCUUCCACUGAAGCACUAAUGAUGACCAUCCAAAGCAAGACUCUUCCUUCUUUUGUUUCAUUUUAUGAGUACUUUGCCAUGUAUGUACCAUGAUGGGGUUGUGUUGGGGGUUUGGACAUUGUAAUUUUGUUGGAAAAUGGGAAGUACCGUUUCUUGUUUUGA